AUGCUCCAGUUACCUCAAAAUCCCAACACGGUCGCCUUGGCCAAUGGAAGAGGAGCACUGCAUCUCGCAGCAGAGGAGGGACAUGUUUCAUGCCUGCGGCUCUUGCUGGAAGCCAGGGCAGACAAGGAUGCUGCACUUGACGAUUACACACCCUUGCAUUUGGCCACUCGCAAUGGACAUGUGGAAGAUUCAGUGGUGGAGACCCUGCUGAAGUUCGGCGUCGAAAAGGACACGUCGACGCGCGAGGGCGCCACGCCGCUGCACGUGGCGUCUCUGCAGGGCCACGCGGAGGUGGUGCGAAGCCUCUUGCAGGCUGGUGCAGACAAAGACAAGGCCACCUUUGAUGAAGGUUUCACCCCUUUGCACUUGGCAUGUCAUCGUGGCUCACUGGAGGUGAUUCAAAUGUUACUAGCUGCUGGCGCCAACAAAGACACGACGUUGAGCAAUGGCCAGACGCCGUUGCAUUCCGCUGCCAACGUGGGUCAUUUGGAAGUGGUACGGCUGUUGCUUUCGGUGGGUGCGGCAUAUGUGUUGACCCCCGACGGCCUCUCACCGUUACAUGUGGCAGCGCAUGAGGGUCACGUGGAGGUGGCGAAGGUGCUUCUGCAAGAGCCCAAUGAGGACCUCACAUCUUCAGUGGCCUGGAACUGGCGCAAGAAAGCCGAACAACAGGUGACGCCUUUGCACAUCGCUGCUCAUGCUGGGCACUUGGACAUGGUCCGACUUCUCCUCAGCGUGGCCGCCGAUCUGAAUCAAACGACGCCCAACCGGGGUGCUACGCCGCUCCACGCGGCAGCUCAGGAGGGUCGCUUCGACGUGGCCGAGCUCCUGCUGCAGCGGCGGGCGGACCUUCGCCGGGCCACGGACACGGGGUGCACCGCGUUACACGUGGCCGCGCAGAAGGGCCACGACGCCUGGCCUUACUACUAG